GGAAGGUAAACUGGAUUCUGACGUAAAGGGUUUAACCCGCCCCCCUCCUCCUCCUCCUCUUUGCACAGCCCCGCCAGAAGAGCAUCGCAUGUGCAGCUCGGGCUCGUUCGUGGUCAGCAGCAGCCUGUGAGGGGAGAGCAGCUCGGUCAGCCUCCAGUCAACAACAACCACCCCCCUCCUCCUCUUCCUCCUCCCUUUCUCGGUUUCUCCCCCCCAACCCCCUCUGGGACCUGAGCAUGACUCCUCAGACAUUUCACUGCGACUGAACGGAACUACACGGCCGCCGGUGACAUGGCUUCGUAUCUGCAGAUCGCUGAUGACGAGAAAGGCCACGAGCUGGACCUUUUCUGUGUCCCCAGACAUUACGAGAACGAUUUGGACAAGGUGAUCAUCCCCCAUGGACUCAUCAUGGACAGGACAGAGCGUCUGGCUCGUGACAUAAUCCGGGACAUGGGGGAACACCACAUCGUAGCUCUGUGUGUGCUAAAAGGGGGCUACAAGUUCUUCGCAGACCUCCUGGACUACAUUAAAGCACUGAACCAGAACAGUGAUAAAUCAGUCCCGCUGACAGUGGAUUUCAUUAGGGUUAAGAGCUACUGUAAUGACAAGUCAACAAACAGUGUCCAAGUGAUAGGAGGGGAUGAGCUGUCCAAUCUCUCAGGCAAGAAUGUUUUGAUUGUUGAGGAUAUUGUAGAGACGGGCAGGACGAUGCAGACGCUACUGUCCCUGCUGAGUGAAUGUAAUCCCAAGAUGGUUAAAGUUGUGAGCCUUCUGGUUAAGAGGACCCCGAGGAGCUCAGGGUACAGACCAGACUAUAUUGGCUUUGAGGUACCAGAUGCGUUUCUGGUAGGAUACGCUUUGGACUACAAUGAGUACUUCAGAGAUCUCAGUCACAUCUGCAUACUGAAUGACCAAGCCAAGGAGAAGUACAAAGUGUAAGCAGAUGAAGUGCUGCAGAGGCAAUGACUGAAUCAAUGAAGACUAGGACCACUGUGAUGACCCUCCUUAGCUUUUGCUGUGUUUUGAAUCUUAUUUAUUUUUCUACAUAAGAAUCCACAAAAUGUGACUUGUGGGUUGUAAAUAACUUUAAGAAGAAAAUUUCUUUUGCCCCCUAUGGAAUAAGUGGGAUCAUUUAUGUACAUUAAGAAUAUUUUGGUUGUUAAAUUUUAAUUUAUUUAUUCACUACCUGUAAAUUGCAGUUUUAUCUUGGAGAUGGAAAACCAAUGUCAUUAAUUUGCUCUGGCUCAUUAAAUCACAGGUCUCAUGCUGCUUUAUGUUCAGUGAGCUGUGGGCUGUUAGCAGCUCUCAGUUUGCACACGUUUUUGUUUCGGCUUAAACUGCUGAUAUAUCUUCUCAUCAUGCCAUAACAUGACUUGGAAUGUACUGUAUGUUUUAUUUCAUAUUUAAUGUUUUCAUGGAGGACCUGUUUACAGCAAUACAAAUCUCGCGAAAUAUUGGA